AUGCAGCAUAAGACAUCAUCCUCUCCUGUGCCGAGCUGUGUGUCCAUGAAGAGUGACCGGUCCAUGGAUCACCCUGGGAACUUCAGAGCUGAUGUUCCUGCUGGUCAGAGUCCGAUGCAGCAUAAGAGACCAUCCUCUCCUGUGCCGAGCUGUGUAUCCAUGAAGAGUGACUGGUCCAUGGAUCUCCCUCUGCACUUCAGAGCUGAUGUUCCUGCUGGUCAGAGUCCGAUGCAGCAUAAGAGAUCAUCCUCUCCUGUGCCGAGCUGUGUGUCCAUGAAGAGUGACCGGUCCAUGGUUCAACCUUGGAACUUCAGAGCUGAUGUUCCUGCUGGUCAGAGUCCCAUGCAACAUAAGAGAUCAUCUUCUCCAGUGCCGAGCUGCAUGUCCAUGAAGAGUGACCGGUCCAUGUUUGAGCCUGGGAACUUCAGAGGAGAUGUUCCUGCUGGUCAGAGUCCGAUGCAGCAUAAGAGACCAUCCUCUCCUGUGCCGAGCUGUGUAUCCAUGAAGAGUGACCGGUCCAUGGAUCACCCUUGGAACUUCAGAGCUGAUGUUCCUGCUGGUCAGAGUCCGAUGCAGCAUAAGAGACCAUCCUCUCCUGUGCCGAGCUGUGUAUCCAUGAAGAGUGACAGGUCCAUGGAUCACCCUUGGAACUUCAGAGCUGAUGUUCCUGCUGGUCAGAGUCCCAUGCAACAUAAGAGAUCAUCUUCUCCAGUGCCGAGCUGCAUAUCCAUGAAGAGUGACCGGUCCAUGAUUGAGCCUUGGAACUUCAGAGGAGAUGUUCCUGCUGGUCAAAGUCCGAUGCAGCAUAAGAGACCAUCCUCUCCUGUGCCGAGCUGUGUGUCCAUGAAGAGUGACCGGUCCAUGGUUCAACCUUGGAACUUCAGAGCUGAUGUUCCUGCUGGUCAGAGAUUCCAUUCUGGUCUACAAAGUAAGGAGAUGGAGCAGGCCCACAAAUCCCAUCGGCUGAAGAAGUCUCAGUGUCUGAUGGAGGGACUCACACAUCAAGGAAACCCUGCACUAAAUUGGUAUAAAAUGCAACAGGCCCACAAAUCUCGGCUGCUGUGGAAGUCUCAGAGUCUGAUGGAGGGACUCACACAUCAGGGAAUCCCCACACUGCUCAGAAAGAUCUACACAGACCUCUAUAUCACACAGGGGGGAAGAGGAGAGGUCAAUGAAGAACACGAGGUCAGACAGAUAGAGAGAGCAUCCUGGGGAGAAGCAGACCAAGACAGUCCAGUCAAGUGCAGCGACGUCUUUGAAAGCUUAUCUAAACAAGUCAAACCCCUAUCUGAACCAGCCAAGCCCUCAUCUAAUCAAGUCAAACCCUCAUCUGCACAUGUCAAGCCAUCAUCGAAAGAAGUCAAACCUUUGGGAAUUGUGCUGACAAAGGGAGUAGCAGGCGUUGGAAAAACAGUCUCGGUGCAGAAGCUCCUUCUGGACUGGGCUGAAGGAACGUCUAAUCAGGAUGUUGACUUCAUAUUUCCACUUCCUUUUCGUGAGUUAAACCUGAUGAAGGAGAAAACCAUCAGUCUGGUGGAUCUUGUGAAGCACUUUUUCUCAGACGUGAAGGAUCCAAGAGUCUUCACCAGUUCAGAGCAUAGAGUCAUGUUCAUCUUUGAUGGUCUGGAUGAAUGUCGACUUCCCCUUAACUUCUCCUCAAACCCAAAGUGCUGUGAUGUGACCAAGUCAGUCCCAGUUGACGUGCUGCUAACAAACCUCAUCCAGGGGAAUCUGCUUCCGUCUGCUCUCCUCUGGAUCACCACCCGACCAGCUGCUGCUGGUCUAAUACCUACUAAGUGUGUGAACCAGGUGACAGAAAUAAGGGGGUUUAAUGACACACAGAAAGAAGAGUACUUCAGGAAGAAACUCAGUGAUGAGAAUCUGGUCAGUAAAAUCAUUGCCCACCUGAAGUCAUCCAGGAGCCUCUACAUCAUGUGCCACAUUCCAGUCUUCAGCUGGAUUUCAGCUACAGUAGUAGAGAACACAUCGUAUGAAUCAGGGAGGGUAGAAAUGCCAAGGACUCUUACACAGAUGUACACACACUUCCUGAUCAUUCAGGUUACAAAUAAAAACACCAAGUACACAGAACAUGAAGGAAGAGAUGAAGAAAUGAUUUUGAAACUGGGGAAACUGGCAUUCCAGCAGCUGGAGAAGGGAAAUUUGAUCUUCUAUGAUGAAGACCUGAGGGAAUGUGGCAUUGAUGUCACAGAAGCAUCAGUGUACUCAGGAGUGUGCACUCAGAUCUUCAGAGAGGAGGCCGGGCUGUACCAGGCGAAGGUGUUCAGCUUUGUACAUCUGAGCAUUCAGGAGUUCCUUGCAGCUUUAUAUGUGUUCCUCUGCUUCAGCAACAGCAAGAGAAACAUGUCUGACCAACAGCUAUCCUCUCAGCUCUCUGCUCUGCUCAGAGCAGCAACACUUCAAGACCUACACAAGACUGCAGUGGAUCUGGCUUUACAGAGUAGGAAUGGACACCUGGACCUUUUCCUCCGCUUCCUCCUGGGCCUCUCCCUGGAGUCCAAUCAGAACCUCUUAAGACAUCUAAUUCCACAGAACAACAGCCAAUCACAGAGCUCAGAGACAACAGUGCAAUUAGUCAAACACAACAUCAGUAAUCUUAGGGAUCUUGGUGGUGCUGCUGAUGAGGAUGAGGACGAGGACGAGGAUGACAGACGAAUCAGGGAUUAUUCUAAUAGAGGCAGUAGAUAUCAGAGUGGGUCAGACAGACAGAUCAACCUAUUUUACUGUUUGAAUGAGCUGAAUGAGCAUGCUGUAGUGGAGCACAUUGACAGGACCUCAGGAACUCUGUCUGUAGAGAUGCUGUUACCAGGACAGUGGGAGACUGGGGAGUUUAGAUUUGAGACUUCAGAAGAGUAUCUGGAGGCGUUUGACUUGCAGACGUAUGUGAAGACACCAGAGGUGGACCAGACUGAACUCCUCAGCCCAGAUGACGUUCUUCAGAAGCUGAUGCCAUCUGAUGUGUUCAUAUCGUCCACCUCAGCACAGCUGGAUAGAUGUCCCCUGUCAGAGAGGAGCCUUUCCUACCUGGCCUCUGCCCUGAUCUCACACUCCUCACGUCUCACACAACUGACGCUGGGCCAGGCCAGCUCAUCAUCACUGGAAGUGUCAUCUUCAGCUGGGUGCCAUCCAGACUGCAAGCCCUGGGAGUUCAGGUAG